UAACGUCUUGAUCUCACGUCUAACGGGAGAAACGCCUCCACUUGUCUCGUCGUUUUCCAUUUUCCUGCACGUUGCAAACGACAAUCAGAGAGCAAACGACGAAAGAGUGCAAACGAUGGGAAACAGCGACAGCAGCUACUUCGGAUCGUUUCGCACGAAACCAUUUCCUGCUUAUUACGAUUCCAUAUACCCUUCACCCGUUACCAAAGAUAAGGUCGAGAUUGGACUCAUCGUGUCGUUCGCACUGUUGGUGUUCUUGCUCGUUCUCAUUGCUCCAGCGUCGAGAGGCGUGCAGCGAGUGUUCUUUCUCUUGAAAUCGUUUGGCAUUUUGUAUUUGGGAUUGUCUAUAACAGUGUGUUUGUAUGGAUUCGGGUGGCAAACCGGUGAAUUGACGACAGAGAUGUAUUACAAAGCGUUCAGCAACAAAGAAAUCCAUGCUACUGUGGGAAUGCACGUAGGACUUGAAGGGGUCAACAUCACGUUGAAGACUGAUCCUGUUAAUGUGUCGUUCAAUGAGCAUCAGUUUGAAUAUAUUGAUUACAAUGAGCACUUCAGCUGGGGAUGGCAGCAGUUUCGCAUUGGAUUCGGAAUAUAUUCCAAUCAAUUGAAUCGCGAGUUUCGUGCUGCUCAAUGGCGCGGCAUGCCAUACCCCAUACUGUGGAUCGCAGAAUAUCUCACACUAGAUGGUGAGACCAUACGAUGGGGACGAGGAUUCCGUCAGGCUGGCUUUUACACAAACAUCAUGCUGUGGAUGGCAUUCGCACUCUGGUUUGCAGACAUCGUUCUCUUCUUGUCUGCCCCUCGUACUGGCGCAUACAUCCUGGCUUUGAUCGGUGCUUUCCUUCUGACUGGAAAUAUUGUUUAUGCUGGAGUCAUUCACAAGUGGCCGGAGCUUGUCAUUCCCUUCAACGAUCAUGCAGACUUGAAACUUGAGUACGGAUGGUCAUUUUACUUAACUCUUAUCAAUGGAAUUAUCUGCGUAUUACUUGCGAUUUUCUUCCUUGUGCUCGAUGUCAAGUGGCCAGGUGCAUUCCGAGCAUUCUUUGAUUACAGCAUCGAUGAAGACCUAGAAGUCAUCCAUGGAGAGAACGGUGAGGAAGACGAGGGUGAACCCGAACUUUCACGAGGGCGGUUCAACUUCACUUCCCGUUUCACUGUCAAAAACGUGAAGUCACGAAAGACGACCCGAAAGCCAUUCUCUGCAGACUCCCAUGGACAGCCUAACUUGUAUGCAAACAUAGGUGCAGAGGCCAAGGGUGCAAUCGAGCUGGAAGAAGUGAACACAGAAACUAACACUCACAUUUAGUCCAAGAGUUCUGUACUGGCUAACGUUUUGUAUUAGCAUCGGCUGUUCAGUCAUGCAUAAUGAUUGUGUGUUUAGUAUAAUUUCGUUUGUGGCAAGUUGUAGUGUAGAUUGCUGUUGUGAUUUGAAUCUAUUACAUGCACCCUCCAUGGUUGGACAUCAUUCCAUUAAAGCUUUCUUGUUUACUGUA